AUGUUAUUCCUUUCUUUUAAGUUAUUUAUAUUUAUUAUAGUAUUAAAUAUAAUUUUGGUUUUCAAUAAGAAUAAUAAUGUUAUAAAUAUAUUCGAAAAUAAUUUUAAUAAUAAUAAUAAUAAACAACUUCAUAUAAGGAUUAAUAAAUCUUUAGCAGAAUAUAUUAAAGAUGAAAACAAAACUUAUGAGUCAAACGAAUUUGAUUUGUUAUAUGAAGAAUUGGUAAAAGAAAAAUUAAAAAAUUAUAAAAGAUUAAUGGAUCUUAGAAAGAAGGAUAAGAAUUAUGAAAAAAAAAGACGAAGAGAUAAAAAGUGGCAAGAUAAAGUUGUGAAGAGAAAAAUGAAACAGUAUUAUGUAUUAAGAGAUAUAUUAAAUUAUGAAAAUAAUAAAUAUGCUAUGAGAAAAACAUCGAUAAUUUCGAAUAAUGAUAGUAAAAAUAUUAAGGCAAAAUUAUACGAAAAUAUAUUUAAAGGUAAUAGUUUCUGGAAACGUCUUGGGAUUUUUUUAAAAUUGCUAGGUAUAUGGGCAGCACAAUAUAAUAUUUUUGUUAUUAUUAGUUCUUUAGUUUAUCUUUUGGCAUAUAUUGCCCCUGAUAGUUUUUUAUCUACCUUUUUGAUAGUUUUUUCUGGUAUUUAUGGAGGUUUAAUAUUUUUAAUAAUUAUUACAGUUGUAGUAGUUCUAUUACUUGUUGUUUGGUUGUGGCCAAAGGAUGAUAAAAAUAUAAUAAAUAAAAAACUGGAGCAUAAUUAA